AUUCUUACAAGUUUUCCUGAGGAAUAUUUCUCUCCCAGUGUGUUUCCCUCCAGGCCAUGAAUAAAUAAAGCCUUGUUCUGGGCAGAGGACAAACAGGACAAACAGGGCCGCGUCCCAAACCUCACGAUACAGUUCAACAAGUGGAAGUGGAGUGACUUACUGCUCUCUGUGUGUGGUUUGGGACAGAGGCGAACUGCAGGGAGUUUCUUCGGAGUGAAAGUGUCCCACACUGAGCAGAUCUUCAGCCUGGAGGUUCUUUGGCUCUGCAGUGAUGAGAAUCUCUUAAAAUGAAGCCCAACUGAUUUCAGGACCUCCGGCUGGAAUGUUAAGAUGUUUGAGGCAACGUUGCCAAAAUGCUUGCAGCUCUGCAUCUCCCUGGCCAUAGUGUCCAGCAUUAAUGGAAGGGUGGUGGCUCCUCCGCGGGUCGAGGCAGUAGUGGAUCAGCCCUUCACCCUGAGCUGCACGCUAUCCAAGACCAGAGGAGAGCAGGUGAAACAGGUACGCUGGCUGGAUAUGAAGAACCAGACGCUCAUCUCGUAUGUGCCGGAUCAGCCGGACAGUGUGAGCGGGCAGCACCACGUGGAGCUGGGCGAAGGCCCGAAGGACUCCAGCAAGGUGCUCGUCAAACGCGUCAGCUACCGGGACGAAGGCUGCUACACCUGCAUCUUCGAUGUUUAUCCCACAGGGUCCAAGGAAGGACGGACAUGUCUUAUAGUCACUGCCUCAGUGAGCCAUGGUGGGAAUAAGACAGUGGUGAGAGGUAAACAGGUGUCUCUGUCCUGUCUCUACGGCCUGCCUGAGAAGGUGCAGCAGGUUCUGUGGAAGAAAGUGGCAGAACGUGGCGUGUUUCAGGAAGUGGCGUCAUUCGCCAAACGCAGCGAUCCCGUGAUAGAGGAGAAAUACGCAGACCGGACAAGUCUCACUCGCUCUCUGUCAGACUCCCAGCUCACCUUUCAUCCUGUGAAGACGGAGGAUGAGGGCUGCUACACCUGCCAGUUCCACACCUAUCCAGAGGGCACCAAGAGCGCCACCUCCUGCCUCACCGUGUUCGUCCUUCCUAAACCUCAGGUGAGCUACAAAACCACAUCUCCAGGUGUGAUAGAGGCGAACUGCACCGCUGUGGCUCGCCCCAAAGCCGAGAUCGUGUGGAACGUGGAGGGGGAUAACAGGACGCUAGGACCACCGGUGUCCACGGUCAUGCAGCAGGACGACGGGACGACGCUGGUCAUCAGCACGCUGACGGUGCAGGCCGGCCUGCUGAAGGACGUCUCCGUCAAAUGUCUCGUCCACCACAAAGGCCUGGAGUCGGCCAUUGCCGUGUCCAUGAACACCAAGAUUGGAACAGCUCUGACCAUCCUGAUCUCGGUGACUGCAGUGGCCUUCCUGCUGAUCAUCUGCAUGUGUGUCUGCCUGUGGAAGUGUGUUCUGCGCAGUAAUGAAUAAAGCACCUCAGACUGCUGAAGGAGGAAGACGAUGUGUUUCAGAUCUAAAGCAGAAUAUGGAUAAUUAAUCCUGAUGGGAGAACGUGGACUGAAUGGAUAGAGACCUACGCUCACCUGUAAUAACCUGCUUCAGAGACGUGGGCUCACCUGCAGGGGCGUGGCCACACCGGUGGGGCUGGGUGGGCACUCGCCAUCCCUAAAUCACACAUCUGACAGGUUAAUUACUCAUAUGAAUUAAUUAUUGACCUCAUUGAAGUGUUAAUAUAAAAUUCCCAUAACAAUGAUGCGAAAUUUAGAAAAAUCAUCAGAUAUAAUUUUACAAUAUUCAUAAUUAAGGGGUUUUUACAUCUUGUACUGGUUUUCCACCAGACAGUGAGGUACAUCGCGUUACACUAACAAAUCCGUCUUUCCAUAUUUCAUUAUUUUCAUUUCAUAUUGUAACUUUAGAAGUAACUGUAAUCACCACCAUUUGUUUAGAAGAAAAGUUUACGUCAACCUCUAAGACGGAGUUUUGUGUUGGAACGGAGAUUUCACACGAAACCUGGAAGAGUCGUAAUGGACUACAUGAGCGAAUAAAAUAAUAGUAAUAAAACAUAGGAAUUUUUGUAAAUAAUUCCGUUUAUAAUAAAUUACAACCUGCUAUUAAACAGUAAGCUAACCGCAACAUAAACAGCACCAUAUGCUAAUGCUAGCUAAUAUUAGAUAAAACGACAACUACACUCAUUUUAUCUAAUUAAAAAAAAGUACAACGCACAAAACAUUUUCAAGACACAUUUCUCCCACAUGACAUGUGUUAGAUUUCCCACAUGUGUGUUAGAUUUCUCUGUAGGGUUGAAGAAAGAACCGAAACAAGACAUGUGGGCGGAGCUAAAACAGUGCAGCUCAUUGAUUGGUCAAGCACAAUGAUGAAUAAUAAUGUCUCUGUAGUGUAGUGACCAUCUGCUCAAUCUUUUUCUAAAUAUUUCUGAAGGCUUUAGGAGGUAAACUGACAAUUGUGCCAGUCUUAAAAUGUAAUUUUUCAGAUUCGGUUUUAUUUAUUUACACCCGUCUUCUUGCCUUUUCACUUAGAUGGAUUAAAAUCCACAUAAAAUCCACCUUUUUAAAUUUAAUUUAAUAUCAAAAUAGAUUCCUGUAUCCACUAUACAUGCUCACUACAUAGCAUAUAACAAAAAAUGGCCUUGUAGAAGGUAUGUACUGCACCUUUUAUGAUUCUGUUUUACUAUUUAUUUUCGUUUUUACUAAUAUUCCACCCAGCUUAGUGCAAAGUGCUAUUUGCAUCAAUGUUUUCUUUCAAAUCUAAACUCCAGGGUACGUCACUGAGCACUGGUCAUGUUUAUUAGCACUGACUGCUGCAUGAAAAUUCCUGAGAAAAAGCCUGGGAAAAAAAAUGCAGAAAAUGCAGACUGAAGAAGGAAGUAGUGUUUUUCCUCUGCUGUCAAAUGAACUACGAUGUAACGUAAAAGCAAAAGACAAUUGUCGAGCAAAUGAGAGUCUACAGUAGUAUAUCACCAAUGUAUUGCUGCAUGAAUAGUGCUAGUUGUAAUUAUCACAUUAAUCAACGGUUUAAUUUAACAAAAUGGCUUCCACAUUCAUUAUUCAGCAGCACAUAUGGUAGAAUAGCACUUGAUCCAGCACAUCUUGUUAUUUUAGAUAUUUUAUUUUUUUGUAGUUACUCAUUAAUGAUAAUGAUAAUGAGAUUCUAAAUCGAAGUCAUGAACCCGUAAUGUGUGCAGAAUGCAUGCAAUUUUAUCACAUUUUUAAUUAUAGUUUUUGAAUUAAUAAAGCAAUGCCAGUGUUUGUGUUAAUUCACUGCGCUUUCUUGCAAAGCAAACAUGCCCAAAGAUUGAAGGAAUAUCUGACCGAGCGCUCGUCUGCUACACUUACAGAGAAACUUUAAGUUCAUUCAUCAUUUUAUCCAUGAAUAAUAUUCACUCUUCCAAAUAAGCCAUGUCUCUGAUUAAGAUGCGUCUCCUCCGAUGUCGUCUUCAUAAAAUUCAUAUUUAUGUGUUUAAUAUCAGCCUCGAAAGACAUUCCAUAGUGCUUCUGAGUGGAUUUACAGCCAAAUCAUAAAUUUCAGCAUGACAUAUUGUAGUUACAUCAAACUGUCAGACGGUGGCGCUGGACUUAACGCUGCUCCUCACUCGAGCAGAUAUCACACAAGAGACAUGAGCUUAAAUUCAAGCUUAGAAUUGGCCACAACUGAGACACAGAUUUAGACAAACUCCGCCCACAUCUGUGUAACUCUCACGUAACUUCUGAAUAGCGCUUAAGUUUAUAGUUACAUCUAUAAACUAAUUUCAGUAUUGAAUUCUCACUGCACACACGUAAGUCAACUCUCUGGGGAAAAAAGACAGUGGCACAGUGCAGUCCUGAAGCAGGUGAUAAACAAGUUCGUUCCUGUUCUCACUUACGUUAUAGCAGCUAGAAACAGUCGCUCCCUCACCAGCCUCUCUUUCCUCUCUCUCUUAAAAUGAAAUAUACAAAAAAAACGCAGCUUGUUACGUUACCGAAAAACCACAAAGCGUAAACUCUUCUGUCCUGAAGAUGUCAGAAAAGUUACAGCUUUACCUCUGAGUGUUACAAAGCGCUGACACUGGAGACUCCUUCCAUCAACCCACUGUUUCGCAUAAUGACAAAAAUUAUAUAUAAAAUAUUUAAUACCACAUUUUACAUAAACCUUACAUAAAUCCUCCAGGAUUGCCUUGAUAAAAAUUUUAUAUAAAGUGUAUGAAUCUGUAGGUACUUUUUAAAUAAAGUGUUACUGAAUAUUCUUAACACACAUGCAUGUUUUUAUGUUUUAAGUCAAUUUCACCAUCUGAUAAGUUUAACUGGAGCUCUAGAUGAAGAUGUUUAUCGGGAAACCGUUUCAGUUUUUUUUAUUCCAACUCCUGCGACAGACAUUUUCAAAUCAAGCUGUAUUUAAUUCAUAUCUGGACGUCAUGUUUUAUAUGUACAGCGUUCUUCACUGACAUACUCCGGUAAACAAUAAGACUAAAUGUUUGAAGGAAAUUUGAGUGGAAAUGUUUAAUAAGAGCAUUAUUUAUUGUGUGAUAUAUGAAUGAAUGAUGUAUGAUGGCUACAGUACUUUUUACUACACCAAAUAUUAAAGUUACAUACCAGCCA